AUGGUUUUGAUCUUCCUAUUGGCCUUUGGGAGCAUUGCUCCAUUGGUUGACGCUCGAGCAUUCUUUAUUUUAGGUUAUUCCCUUGUCGAUAGUGGCAACAACAACAACUACCUUGCAACAACUGCUUGGGCCGAUUCUCCACCUUAUGGGAUCGAUUAUCCGGGUCGGAGAGCCACCGGGCGGUUCUCUAACGGCCUUAACAUCCCAGACUUGAUUAGUCAGAAAUUGGGUUAUCAGAAUCCCAUUGCAAUAUUUGAGCCCAGACUUCAAUGGGAAAAGGCUGCUUAUUGGUGCCAACGCAAGCAAGCACGCAACAUCCAGUUUGUGCUUCAACUGUUUGGUUCUUCCUUGAUCAGAUUUGAACCUUACUAUAUUUGGUUAAAUACUCUAUACAAGGCGGGAGCACGUAGGGUUCUAGUGACAGGCACGGGACCGAUGGGUUGUGUUCCAGCAGAACUGGCUAUACGGGGCACCAAUGGCUGA